UUGUCAUUUAACUACACCAUCCUUGAAAACACUGAAAGGUCAGUAUGUUUUUAAACGCCCUUGCACAGCACUGGGCAGAUCACAAAGUCUCAAAACAUGUGACUAAAAAAGUUCCUUUCGUGGCUUACCAUCACACCAAAAGAUGUCACUAUGUCGCAGCCUUGUCAACCACAUUAAGAUCUAUCCCCUGCUGACUCCUGGCAAAUGAUAACCUGAAAUGUCCUACAUUUUUUAUUAGAGGUUGAACUCAUUAUCUACAUAUUAUAUAAAGGAGCACAUCAAUAGAUCAAUAAAAGUUUUAUUUUUUCAAUCUCUGUAAUACAAAUGAGUGCAAAUGUGACCUACUGAAGAACUGUCAGUUUAGCAUUUAAUGUGUGAGAAGUAUAAAUUUCACACUCAUUUAUUCACAUAGGUUAUUCUUUACACAGCUUUACAGACAUUAUGUGCACUUGUCGUGUUUUUUUCCAGGUCUGGUUAAUUAUUACCUUUUAAACAACAUUCAAGUACAGAGAGAUCCAACAGGACGUAAAUUGCUGUUUGCCCAUAUAUGGAUUAGUGAACAUGUUUAUGUCCUCGGGGGAUACAUAAAGAGAGCAGGAAAGUUACUGAAGCUACCACUCUGUGCGACACGGCCAAUGCAGUUCAUCAUAUGCUGGUUUUCUAAAUUCAUUGUCGGGGGGUGAGCUCCUGAGGAUCGGAUGAAGAAACAAAUUUUGCUUUUGUUCACAUUCAGAGGACUAGUAAGCAAAGGAAAAAAGGGUAAAAAGAGAAAAUGGCCAGUUUUAUAUUACGGAAAGCUGAACCCAAGGACGUGUCUGAUAUCUUGCGACUUAUAAAGGAACUGGCUAAGUUUGAAGAGAUGGAGGAGCAGGUCAUACUGACCGAAAAAGAAUUACUUGAAGAUGGCUUUGGAGAUCAUCCGUUCUACCACUGUUUAGUUGCUGAAAUCCCAAAAGAACAGCAGACCUCAGAAGGGUACACUGUGAUUGGUUUUGCUAUGUACUACUUCACUUAUGACCCUUGGAUUGGAAAGCUGCUCUACUUAGAAGACUUCUAUGUCAUGCAGGAUUUUCGGGGUAAAGUUGUUGACAAGUGCUGUUAUAUGAUGGUGAUAAAGGUUAAUCAGUUACAGAGGAAACGUUUUGCAAUGUUAAGAGGCAUUUCUACACCAACACUAAUUGCCUUCUGUACAUUUAAUCUUUCACCAGGUUUUGGCAUUGGUUCAGAAAUCCUGAAGGUUCUCAGUGAGACGGCAGUGAAGACGCGCUGCAGCAGCAUGCACUUCAUUGUAGCAGAAAACAACAAGAAGUCUAUUGAGUUCUACAAGCGAAGAGGAGCAGCUGACCUCUCCUUUCAGGAGGGCUGGCGUCUUUUUGCGAUCGAGAAGCAGGGGCUGCUGAAAAUGACGGCCAAAUAGAGUUUACUGUUAAUCAACUUGUACUGACUGUUGCUGAUAGCAAUAAUUCUGUUUUGUCUGGUCACUGAUUUUAAAACACAUUA